GGCGAGUCAUCCCUUCCAUUCUUUUUUUUUUUUUUAUUUUUUAUUUUAUGAUAUUACUUAUGGGUGUGAGACAUUGGAUUGUAUAUGAUGAUUCAAAGAAGACACUCAUGAGAUGAGUUGAGGAAGUCUCAGUGCAUUGACUGCUUUAUUAUAUCAACAACUUUUUAUUUAAUUUUUUAUAUUUAUUCAUGGAAUUUUCAUGUUUUUCCGAAUGAAAAAUGAAGAUUUUUCUUGGAUUAUGUUUUGUGGUUUUUGGAUGUUUGGCGAUUGAUCCAGUCGACGAUCAUAAAUUAAAAUCGAGUUCUAUUUUUAAAAGAGCUAUCGAUGGCUCCAGAGGGAGUAAAUAUUAUGAACCGGUUGUGGAAGACUCUUUUGAAACAUAUCGAACUGAUGAAAAUUACGAUUCCUAUGAUCAAGAUGGUCUUGAUGAUAUAAGAAAAAAUGUUCCAGGUGAGCCAGGUAUUGAUUACCCUGUGUACAGAAUAAUGCCACAAACGAGCUUCAUUUGUGAUGCUCAAUUUAGAGGUUAUUAUGCAGAUGAAGAAGCAGGAUGUCAAUUAUUUCACGUAUGUGAUGGUAGUUUUUUAAUAUCAUCAUUUCUUUGUCCAAUUGGUUCUGUCUUCAGUCAAAAAUUAUUAACAUGUGAUUGGUGGAAUAAAGUUGAUUGUUCAUUGACUAAAAAUUAUUACAUAAUAAACAGUCAAACAUCAUCAAUAAAUGAUGCUGACGAUGAUGAGAUACUUCGUCAAGCCUACAAAAUUUCAAGUAUCGAUACAGCAAAUAAAAACAUAAACAACAAUAAUAAUUAUCAAGAUAAUAACAAUAUAAAUGUUAAAAAUUAUCAACAUAAUAAUAAAUACAGUUCAAGAUAUUCAACAAUUGAACAACACGAUCGUGAUAUUGAUUAUUAUCCAAGUAAUGAACAUUCAAAUAUAUCUGGUAUUAAAAUUCAUACAAUUGGUGAAGAUUAUAAUAAUGAUAAUAAUAAUAAUAAUAAAUUAUCAUAUAAACCAACAGUGCCAACAAUAACAACAACUAAAAAAACAUAUUAUUCACCAACAGUACCAGCAACAACAGUUAAAACAUCAAAAUAUGAUUUAGAAUUUGAAAGUUCAGAUCAUCUUUAUUCAGCAAAUAAUAAAAAAAAUAAUAAACAACAUUUAAUUGAUACAAUAAUAAAUAAAAAUAAUAAUCAAGAGACAUUGUUUAAUAAUGAUUUGCCAUAUAAAAAUUAUGAAAAUACACAAAUUGAAAAUACAACGAAUUUUAAUGAAAUUAAAACAACACAAAGUACACCAGUGUAUUAUAAAUUUAAUGAUAAAAUAUCAACAACAAUAAAUUCAAUUGAAUUAGGUGAUUUAAAUAAUAAUAGUAAUAUUAUAUUAAAUGAUUUUGAUAAUUAUGAUAUUGAAAGUUUAGAUUUAGGUGUUAAUUCACCAGAAGAAGUAUUAAAAAAUUAUACACAAUUAGUUGAAAUUAGUGAUGAUAAUUAUCAAGGUGAUAAUAAUAUAUUUAUUCCACCAACUCAUAUUAUACCACCAUUUUUUUAUUAUUCAAAUAUUGCACAACAUAAUGCUGUUACUGAAAAUAUUGAUGAAAAAAAUAUAAGUAAAAAUUGGUUUGAAGUGCCAGAUAUUUUUCAUGAUAAAUUUAAAAUUGAUAAUAAAUUAAAUGAAACAAAUGAAAUGAAAUAUAAAUAUGUUGUUGAAGAUUUUACAGCAUCUAAAAAUAUAAAUGAGGCAAUUAAUAAUACUGGAUUUGAUGUAGAAAAUAUUUCACAACCAUCAAAUAUUUUUUUACCACCUUUGUUGAAUUUUUUAAUACGUAAUUCGUCGGAUUAUUCAGAUGAUUUGAUGGGAGCACGUGAUUAUCAUGAUUCAUUUGAAGGUGAAAGUUCACCUUAUCAAGUUACAUUAAAUAACACUGAUGGUGUUGAAAAAUUUAAUGAUCAUUUGGCUAAAAGUCAAGUAAAUGAAAAUGCAGGUAAAAUUUACAAUUCUGGUAUGAAAUUUUUUGAUAAUAAAAAGGAAGAUAAUUAUUAUGAUGAUGGUUUUUAUGGAAAAGAAACAAGUAAAGGAUCAAUUUCAGAAUUGAAUAAUAAAAAAGAUAAUAAUUUGAAUAAUGAUAAUAUAAAUUUUGAUUUACCAUAUUCAAUGCGUUUUUUUAAUUUUAAAAGUGUCGAUGGAAAUAUUUAAAAUAAUACAAUUUAAUAAUAAAAAUUUUGUAGUAAGUGAAAAAAGUAUUGAAAGAAAAAUCGUAUAUUAAAUUGCAACUGGUAAUUGCAUCAUUUGAAUUACCUCGGCUCGAUGAUGGGAAAAAAUUAUGUUGCAAAAAAAAAAAGAAAUGAAAAUGUAUAAUAAAAUAAAAAAUAUGUAAUUUUAAAAUAUUUUUCAAUAUAGAUUACAGAGUUAAAUAAAUAAUUAAAUUGUAAAAAAUAUUGUUAACUGAAAGAAAAAAAAUAUAUAAAUAAAUAUAUAAGAUUAACAAAAUAAA